AUGGCCGACUUUAUUGGUAUGACCAUUAGUGUCACUCUGCAGCAACCUCCUGGUGCUGUCCUGAUCGGCCGAGUCGCCCACGUUAUUGCUGGUCAGACACUGGCCCUCGAACAAGUCUUCUUCCCGCAAUCUGGCAACCAUGUGCCUUCCUACAACGUACCUGCCCAUCUGAUCUCGGACCUGCAUGUUGUUGAGACCAACUUCGAGGCUGGCUCUAAACCUCAUGCGCCUGCUGCCAACAUCUCAGCCGCGCGUGGUUCCGCUCAAUUCCCUGCGCCUCUCCCUGUCCCUGCUCCCGAGGCCCGCGUCGAAAGUCCUCUAGCAAAGAAGACUCCUUCCUUCGUCGACCCAGCUAUCCUCAGCUUUUCCAAAUCGCCUGCUCCUGCUGCACGUAGUCAGCCUCCGCCACCACCUGCUCUACAGCAACCUUCCGCUCCCGUCACACCUAGCAAGAAAGCUCUGUCGGCUGCUGCAGCUGCUAUUCCUCCUACAAACACCUCUCCAUUUGUCGCCCAUGCCGCCGAGCCACCUGCCGCUCAAGAGCAGGAAUAUGCCGAAGACAACGCUAAUCAGUCUGGCAAGAAGACAAGACGCGGGAGACGGGGCCCAAGAAUGACUCAAGUUCCGCUGGCUGCAGCCACCGAGGCACAGACUGUCAAGGAAACCUUGUCGCCCAAUGUGUCGCGCAACGGAAAUGACAUGACCAUCACUCCGAGCACUAGUAAGAAGGGAUGGCGAUCGACUCCGUUGCUCAAAGAACCUACCUCAGCUGCAUCCUCAAAGACCAAGAAAAAGGCGAAGCGUUCACUCAAUGGAGCCGGAGAUCAAAACGGCUGGGCCACAGAAGAAGCUACCGACAUCCACGACAUGGGCGACUUUGACUUUGAAGCCAACCUUUCCAAGUUCGACAAGAGAACCGUUUUCGAUCAGAUCCGUAACGAGGAUACGACUGCAGACGAGGACAGACUGGUUUCGCACAACAGACUCGCACGACCUGGCACAUACGGAGGCAAGAACCUACAUCCGACAGAAAACGUCCUCUCUCCAACCCUGAAGCCUAAGCAUCAUGGAAGCGAACUCGAGUCCUCGUCAGAUGCCGACACAGAGCUUAACUUUGGCAGCGGUCCUAACUCAAGACGUGCUCCUUCUCGCACAUCAAACAAGCGUCCAUCGCGCAUGAGCAACAGUGGAUUACCAGAAGACAUCCUUCAUCCUCUAGCAGCCUCUUUAGCUUCAACUGCCCUCAACCGCUCCAUGAGUUCCUUGAGAGGCUCAUCUGUUGUUGCUUCUUCCCCUAACCCUAACCGUGCUCGCUCUCCUCCGUCCAUUCAAUCUCCUAUGAAUUCCCUAGACCAAAUCAGCCUCGCACAACAAGCUGCAGCAUCACCUCGACCUCACUUCAAGACACCAAAGUCAAGAUACCCCUGCUCACUCUAUCACCCUGAUCGCCUACGACAAGCCGAAGCCGACGCAAUCUCAAACAUUGGCAUCAGCGCUGAUGCCAUCACCGAAAAUGCUGCCCGCGGUAUUGCGGAGUGCGUUUUAACCAGCACCCUCAAGCCUGGCGCAUCUCGUCGCAACUCCAAAAUUGCCAACAACCUACCUAAUUCAAACUCGAAACCUGUGGUAGUCAUUCUCGCGGGUAACCAUGUGACUGGUGCUCGCGCGAUAGCCAGUGCACGUCACCUCUACAGCCGCGGUUUCAAAGUGCUCAUCUCUGUGCUCGACUUCUCAAACCCCAGCGUCUGGCACCCGCAACUCGCCAAGCACAUUCACUCGCUUCAAGCACUAGGCCGCAAAGCAGCACGCAUAGAAGGAUGGCGCAGCACCUCCGGUCAGAUCAAGAAGCUCGAAGGACCGCCUGUCGUUAUCAUCGACGCUCUACUGGAUGGCCAACGCCACGCUGAUAUCCGCGAUGAAGAUUUGCGCGCUGAAGCACGUGAGAUGAUCGACUGGGCAAACCGCUCUCGUGCUGGUGUCGUCAGCAUCAACAUCCCCUCUGGCUUUGACAACGUAAAUGGCAGCUCGAGUAUCGUGGAUGGCGAACCUCUUGCUAUUCGCCCUGAGGCUGUACUCGCACUGGGUGUCCCAGUAUUGGGACUGAUUGAAGCAAUUAGAGAAGGCGAGGGCAGUGCUUGGGUGAUUACAGCCGUGGACACUGGCGUCAACGUCGUGCUCAGCGAUCGCGAAAAGGUGCAGUUUGGUGCAGACUGGACUGUCAACCUGAGAUUUGUGUCUGGUGAAGCACAAGCUUGA